GUGCUGAGGGAACACCUGGUACCCAGCAGCCUGCUCCGUGCUGCUGCUCCUUCUCUCUGCAUUUAUAUACGAUAUACAAAUGUAAAGAAAACGGGGGGGUGCGUGGGAGCCCGAGCGGCUGGCGGCUCCUGGGCCGGGCCUGACGCCUGCAGCGCCUCACACUUUCCCGCUCCCAUCGCGCCGCCGGAGCGGCCGCCAUCUUUGGCGCGGGCAGUGAAGCCGCCGCACUGAGGCCGUGCCUGGUACCGCCGGGGAGAAGGGGAGCUGGUCGCUGUGGGAGCCGCUCUAGGAAGCGGGCGGCGCACCCACCCCCGAGGAGGGAGAGUUAACGUCCUUCUGAGUCCUCCUUCUCGGAGCUCCGCCGGGGCUGCAGGACUCUCUGGCCAUGAUGAUGCGUGGAAACAAGUUUACAACCUAUAAAGUCAUAAAACUUCGCAACUCACAAGGUUAUAAAGCAGGUUCAGAGCCCGUGCCUCAUUUGGUUAGAUCUGUAAACAUUGAACAUCUCCUCAGCAGGAAUCACAGCUGCAUUUCUCACAGCCAGAACCUGGGCCACAUGUGGCAGCGAUGGGGGAGCUGUAAGACCCGAAAGCCCAUGGCAAGCACAGCUGAAGCUGCACGGCUGCCCUGGGCAGCUCUUGCUGCUCCCUGGGUGCUCCCCCAGGGGAUGUCCCCUCCCUCUGGGCUCCGCGCUGCUGUCGUGCCGCCCUCAGACCUGCGAGAAGAUGAGCAACUUUAAGGAGGCGCAUGUCAGCCUGGCAGAGGACAUGCAUGCAAUGCAGGAGGCGCAUUCGAGCCUGGCAGAGGACAUGCAUGCAAUGCAGGAGGCGCAUUCCAGCUGGGCAGAGGACAUGCAUGCAAUGCAGGAGGCGCAUUCCAGCCUGGCAGAGGACAUCCAGGAGGUCCAGGAGACGCACAUGUGCACCCCCAGCAACACGCCGGACACGCCGCCCAACUUCCCCGACACUGGCCACGUUCUCCAAGCUGCGAACCCCCGAGGGCCGGCAGAGCAGCAACAGCCCCAUCGCUCCAUGGCCUGUGCCCCCAGGAGCUUCAGCCCCUUCUGGGCCUCCUCGCCCCACAACCCCCAGCCCGCCUGGCUGCCCCCUCCUCACCCACCGCCCACGGCCUCCAAAUCAAUCCUGUGGAACAGUGGGGUACCUGCACUCGCCCGUCUGCUCCCCUCCUGCAGUUCUUCAUUUUGCUGACUCCUUUCACAGGAUGAACCUGACACCCCCAAACAUGAGCUUGGGCUGUGACUGCAGACUGGGGAGCCCCGCAGUCAAAGAUGAGUCCUCAUGGAGGUAUGAUCAGUGCUCAUUUUAUUACAAUUCUGAUUCUAUUGUAUCAGGUUAGUCCAGGGUCCACCCAGUAUAUGACACAACAUAAUUAGUUACAAAGUAAUGUUCACACAUUACAGCAGUAGCAGUCUUUGUUCUACAAAAUAGCACAUCUUUGUUCUACAAGACAGCAUAACUUUGUUCUACAUCCUCUUUUCUUGUUUUACUUCUUAGUACGUUUCUUUCUAUUGAUUAUCCAAGGACAAAUCCUUGCUGUCUGUCAGGGAGGCACCCUGAGGUUAGUUUAAGGGACAACAGGGUCCAAAACAACUUCUAUUAAACCGGUGAGAAACAGGGUUUUAGCACUCCGAAAGUGACUUAAAUACAGGUUCAGGUAUCAGUUGAAUAAAUUAUUAAGGGGCAGUAACUAAUAGAACAGGAGUUCCACAGAGUGCAUGCACGUGGCUUCACCCAAAACAGUGCCAGAGCCGCCCCUGAGUCCGGGAAGAGUCCACACUUGCCUGAACACAGUGUGGGAUUAUUUUUACAUACACGUGCAAAUGCGCACGGAAUAUUACACGUGCUUAUGUGGAAGCACGGGAGGACACGUGCAAAAUGUCACGGAAAGUAGAUGCACUCGCAAUCCUGCAAGGGCUGAUUUUGCUCACACUCGUGGCAGCAAGGCAAGCGGAGUCUCCGUCCCGGGGAGGGCGGCGCCGUGGCUCCUGGCGGCAGCGGCUCAGCUCGUGCUCCCAGAGACCCGCGACAAUGGGCAGAUUCUUGACCAGAGUCCCAUUUUUUUAUUGGCUGAUCAGAUCUGACUGUAGGCAUUCCAGAAGCUUCUCUGCACCCCCACACUGGCUGGGGGUGCCCCUGAAGCCUCCAAACAUCCCCCACACUGGCCACAGGCGCCCAGUGGCUCCCUGGCGCCUCGGCACUCCCUUCUCCUAACGGCCCUGGCCAGGGGCUCUGGGGCCAAACAAAAGAAGCUGUAGCAGAUAGGGAGAUGUGUCUAGUCCUUCCAUGAUGAAGGAGGGAAGGGAGAGAGGGGGGUUUGCAUCCUGCCACACUGUCCGACACAUACACUGGGUUGUGCAAGUAGGACUGGAAAAGUACUGAGUGCCCUGUUUCUUCAAGCAUAUUCUCUACAUUUCCCCCUUUUUGCGCAACCCAAGCGGUCUGAACUACUUUCUCUAAGCUUUUUCUUACACACGUUGCAGCGCAACUUAAAUGAUCAAAGCUACAAUAAUAAUUACCAAGAUGCGUAAGCCUUCUACUAGGAGCGUUUUGAGCCAUCCAGUUAUCCCAAAUUUCAACAACCAGUCUCCCAAGGGGUCAUCUACCUCUUUUAGCUUAUGUAAAUGAUCCUUCAACUGAGCCAGUUUCUUAUGUAUCAAUUCAGAAUGGUCUGACAAAUUCAUACAACACAUUCCUUGUAGAUCUUCACAACCAUGUCCUUGUGCCAACCAUUAAAAACAGUAAUCUAGUUAUUAUGCAUAGUCUAAUUUGAAAUAACCAUUGUUCCCACUCAGAUAGUUUCUCAGAACCUAAAGCUGCUAUUCUUUUCCUAUUUCUUCCUCUUCUCAGCAGCUUCUGCUAGCUGCACUUGGGGGUCAGUUGCCCCCACCACAUCUUUGAUGGCGUCCCCCAUGCAAGGCAGGCACAACCACGUGGCGUGCCCCGCCAUGAAUCUACUAGUUGGGGUUUUUUUGUUGUUUGUUUGUUUGUUUGUUUUCUUUUUAAAUAGUACAAAAAUGAAGAGAAAAUGCAAAUGUAUAUAUGUAUUUAUGAACAGCUUUUUACAUAAGGACUUAGGAAAAAGUUUAGAGCAAAACCAAAAAUGUGGGGACCUAAGUUGACUAAGAUGGUUACACGCAUUAACUGGCUGAACAGUAUUCACAUAUGGCUUGACCACAGGUCAGAUGGCUACUAUUACAUGAGAAAACCCAUCUCUCUCCCUCAACAGGCAAAUAAUAACACAUGCACAUAAACCAAACAAAUUUUAAAUGUUCAAUUAAACAUUCGAGUUACUAGCACAACAACCAACCUUAUAACUCAAAUGUAGAAUGCAAAACUCAGACUCUCGGUGGCAGUUCGCUGUACUGCUGAGCUUUUUUCGGGCAGCUGGUGACCAUAUGACUGGUGCUCCGGCAGAAAUGGCAUCUUUUGGGCUGUGGAGGGAGCUUGCAUUCUUUGGCGUGGCGACCGCGCUCACCGCAGUUGUAGCACUUGUCUUUUCUCUGGGGUUUCUUCUUCCCGAUGCAGUAAGCGCCCCCUGGGCCAGUCACCCAAAUACGCUCUAAGCCCUUGGGUGACUCCAGGAGGGUGAACUGCACAUCUUCACCGUCCUCCGGGCUGCGGAAACCCUUCGUGUGGCUCUUACUCUGGUGCACAAAGACUUCGAUGGGUGAGUCCAGGGUCUUGCCGCCCACGGUGGUCACGGUGAGGAAUCCAAAACCCAGGCGGGUAUUGAACCAUUUGCAAGUGCCGGAACCAUACAGGGUAGGCAAGGCUCUGGCCAGCUCCUCGCCUGCAGACUGCUGAUCGAAGACAGCUGCCAUGUUUUCCACCUCUGCUGGUCACCACUGUCGUCCUCGAGCACAGACGAGACAGUACCGGAAGUACCGCCCCUUCUAUGGUGGCCGUGGUACGCGUUGGGAGAGGUACAUCACUGGAGUCGACCUCCAUAUUUAGGUAGGCCUUCCGAGUCCAAGCUCGUUCAUAGCUGGUGCAUUCACCACAACUGGCGAUUUCUAGACCUACUGUAUCUAGGAUUUCAAUGCAUCAUUCAGUAUCUCAUUCAGUAAUAAACUCAUGAUCGUAAGAAUCGCUCUCAAUUGUAAGGAGGCCACCAUUCUACACAGGUAUACCAGGUACUAACUUCCUUAGAAGCACAACUACAAUUAACUGUCCCACUGUUAAUGGAUGGCCAUUUGCAACAUGGUUUGUUUUGUUUUUUCAUAAAUCAAUCCAAGUAGAGUUAGUUGGGAUAAUGAAUUGCGUCCCAGAGGGGUCAAAACGUGCUAUUUUUGUCAAGGUGGAUGUAAUCUAAUUUAUUCGAUAGAAUUUCGGAAAGGUUUAGGUUAAUCAUUACAAACCUAAAACAUUCUCCUGCAGAAGCAGAAAAUGUAACACAUAUCCCUGAUUGGUUGGUGAACAAACGCUUGCAUUCAGAAACACUUUCAGCAAUGCAUCCAUACAGUAUAUAUGCACAUCACAAAACUCACAAGUUGCUCCAGGCCAUUUUUUCUCUUCUUUACCAUAAGUGUUUCUUUUCUAAUUCUAUAAAGAUUUAGUUCUCUAAGAGGACACUUCUAAUAAAAAUGAAACCAAUCACAAAGACUAACAUGCUUAUGACGACAAAAAAUUGUAUAAACCCCAUAUAACAUGGUGUCUUCAAUUAGCCAUUUCCAUGUGCUUUGAUGAAGCAGGAACUUUGACAGGCUCAGACAUGUAGAUCUAUUGCUCUGCUCUGCUCUGCUCUUCCACGAUCUCAAAAACAAUCACGGUGAAUUUACCAAGAAGUCUUUUACAACCACUUACCACAGAAUAAGGCUAUUAACAAAUUUUUGGUUUAAUUUCCCAGUUUCAUUAGAACUACAGAUCUGCUAGGGAUGCCUUUAUAUCUCACUCUCAGACUGCUCCAUUCAGCAUUACAGCAUCGCUGCAGUGAGGGGAGAGAAAACCCCUUUAACCCUUUCACCGCCUUGAAAGCGGCAGCCAGGUUUUUCCGUUGUUUCUGUUCUUGCUGCAGUUCAGCUGUCCAAGGCCAUGCAGCUGGUGUAAUCACUGGUAUGAAGUAGGAGGCUCUGGCAAACUCCUCAGUUACAACGAGCUGAGUUUAUCUUGCAGCUCGACACAGGCCUGAACUUUAUGUUCAACCACAGGCCUGGGAUAUUUUGAUUUUUUGUUUCCCAAUUUCAUUCCAACCAUAAUAUACUUUAUAUGCAAUUCCAAUUAGCUCAACAGUUGUUACAUUCCUCAGCCCCAUUUACCUUUUACAAUUUACAGAUGUCAAAAACCACUGUAUGAAACAUCAAUCCAUUAUUCAUUUUCCUAGAUCCAAAUCAGUUCACAUUCUAGCAACUUUAAAUACAACCUCUUCCAGAUUCACAUCUAUCAUAGCAUUUAGUUUUCUUUCCCAUACCUCCAACAAACACAUAAAUUCAAUGCAAAUCAAAGUUUAACAACUUAAAUUCUUGUCUGGUUUCAAAAUUAUUAGAUAACAAUAUGAGCAAUAACUCUAAUGUGUAAGGAAGGAUGCAUCCUAAGGGGGAGCAAGGUGGAAUUUUAGCAGCGGAACCGGUUCCCAUUUCGUAAUUAUCUCCCCAAACAAAAUUCUUUUGGUACCAAAUAUAUAUAUGCAAAUUAAAAUACUGAGCUCAGACACGCAAACCAAACACCAAGUUCAAAUAUGCGAACAGAUCGCAGUUACACUAAUUCAAGACAGUGUCUCGAUGUUUGCAUCGCACCCUUGAACCGCUCACUGCUCAGCAGGUGGAGGCACCGCUGGGUCUCUGACAAAACAGGUCAGUGCGGCUGGAGCCCCAUCGGCACCCGCCCCCCCGCCGCAGCGAGCUGGACCGGGCAAGGCUUUGAUCAGUGUCCCAUCUGGGGCACCACAACUGUUACCCUAAAACCAGGAUUCUUUAUCCGGUGCGCAUACAAAAGAGCCAAAUUUAGUACACGGAGAUGAGACACAGCCUGUCACAGAGCUGCACAAGUCUGGGUGCUGGAAUAAAGCCAGUGGGCUAGAAAGAAAUGUAACGGCUACUACACACAAAAUUUUACCAUCACAUUAAUGUAGUAAAGAACUAAAUUACUCGUGGUCUUCUGUAUUAUCACAAAACGCACAUUUUGAGUCAACAGAUUCUCAUGAUUUAACAGUUUGUGAACUUAUCAUACCAUAUAACAGGCAAAGACUUAUUUAUAAUAUGCUUAAACAGAUACCUACAAAGAAAACAGGUUAAUGAGGAAAACAUCGUGCAGACUUCAGCAAGUUUACUGUGACCUGUGUGUUAUCAGUUAACUCUCUCUCAGCUUGUUGAAGUUCAAACCAUUCCGCUUGUAAAACUGUCUGAAAUGAUUUAAUGAUCUCUUGUAGAGAUUUAUUUUGUCCUGCUCUUCUCGCCUUAAAAACAACAUUAAUUGCAACAAGGUGUUAUACUUCAAGAUUCUGUUCUCCGGACGCUUUUCCCAAUCAAUUAACUUAAACAGCAGCCAACACUAAUUUCAGUAUUUAACAAGAUCGUAUUUUCUCCUAUUUCCAAGUGCUUUCCUAUGUUCUAAAACACCUCCCAAUACCGAUUACUUAGGAACGCGACUGAAAACAGUCAUUUCUGACCCCAUCUCAUAAGUAAAAACUGUGAGAAGAGGGAGGGAGGGGGGAAGCACAGGGCUGCUGGCAGCGCGAGUGGGAACCAUGGGGAGAAGGUUUUACGGCGCACUUGAAAACAAGUAGUAAAACGAUUAACUCACAUUCCUCACAAGCUGCUUGAUUUUCAGAGAGGCAACACACAGGAGCACAUAGUACGUACUAUAAAACUCGCAGAUAACAUGUUGAUAGCAAGCAUUAGCAUUCUCUACUGCUAAUUUCAACACCAGUGCUUCCUUAGCUUCUAAGUUUUCAACCUGCUUAUUGAUGGCCUCUUGAAGAUGGUCAAUAAAUUGUAUGUAAUUCUCACUGGGACCCUGACAAUAGUUGUAAAUAAUUUGGCUGCUUUGUUGGUUUCAGGCACCUCUCUCAUAGCUUGAUAUGCGAGGUCUGCUGACUGCCUCAGGAUUUCAGAAACUAAUAGCGCCUGUAAUUGUGGUGGGUCAAUUAGUGUCUGUUCCAAGAGUUGGGGGAUACCCACCCCUUUCAACAAGUCCCCAUCGUUCCAUCCUAAAUGAUCUAGAGCUGUUACAUUGCACAGGUCUAAUUUUGCUUGAGCAGCAGUGCCAGGAAUUUGAGCUGAAUUUAGUGCCCUCCCCACCUCCCCCCCGGACAGACCUGGCCCUUUUUGAGGCCAAUCUUGCCAAAAACCCCAGGAGCUCAGGAUGAAAAGGAGAAGUUAAAUGAUUCCUCACAACACCAUUCAACACAAGUUUUUGACACCUGCUUUCUUGUCGGUGUCCUACUGAGCACUAGCACAAAGCCAAGAGUGUUCCUCAGCAGCACCAACCACGUCUGCCAGGAAUUAGUCUUCAACAUGAACCAGGGGCAGCAGAAGGCAAUCACCAGCACCACAGACAGCAAAGGAGAAGUCUGCAAGAUCCCGUAAGGCUGGAAGAGACUGUUGGCAUCUGCUCUCCAUGGCAAAACCGGAGGAGAGCGUAGAGGGAAAAGAAAUGAAAGUCAUUGACCGUGAAAAAUGCGUGGCGAAACACAGGAGGUUCUGACACAAAAAGACCCUCCCGGGAGCAAGCCAUGACUUCUGGAUCCAGCAUCUCUGGCCCGGGAUGAAGGCUUGCCCAUUGCCGUGCGGCCACUUGGGGUGCAAAACUGGGGUUUGAGGGGGGCUGUUGCCCCCCAGUGUCUUGCUCUGCCUGGAGAUGUCUCUGCAGAGGUCCCUGGACAGGACGCCUCUUCCUCAGUCAGCGCUGGCAAAAGCCAUCUGGGGACACGCUCCGUCCUCUGGAACUCUUCCUUGUGUGACUCGCAGCUCACGUGUGACAGCGCUGCUCCAAACUUGGCCAUCUCCAAGGACCGGCUUUCUUUGGGAUGUGGGGUUCACUCUCAGAGGAAUCAUGGCAGCCCUGCUUUCUGUGUUGGGGUCUCCCUUUCAGCUAUGGAGCAGCUUCAGUUCCCAGUGCAAAAGGAUCUUACAAUGGCUGUGUAGAUAGCAGCACCGUUUCUGAAGCAUCAGAGGAGAUGUCAGAGCCAUCAGGCUGAGGGACGGGAAUGCCAGCAAAAGAUGGCCCGUGUUUCAAAAGGGAGGCAGCCGUGCCAGCUGGAGAACCUCUCUCACAGCUCCAUCCCCAGCAAAGAGCUGUCUCUAGAGCAGUUCGUGCUGCUUACAGGCAAGAUCAGCCUUUGCAUUUGAACCACCUUCUUGCAGAGGUGACAGGAAACAUCCUCUGGUUUAUGUCGUUCUAGCUGCAAAGGCCAGGACAGUGUUCAUGAGGGAGCAGGCGAUGAGCACAUUUCCUGGUCAGCAGCCGCUGGCUCGUGCCAACGGUCAAGAGAGGCAGAAGAAAUCCCUUCAGAACAGCUCCCUCUCAAAAGACAUCCUUCUGCUUGAUGAACCGCAGGGAAAGGCGUCCUAAACCAGGCACUUUGACCUUGUUUUCAGCCCAGGUUCCCAGUGCUGGUGCACUCGUGAGCCAGUCGCUGCACAUCUGCCACCAAGGGGAAUCGCCUCCGAGGCCAACUGUGCCAUGGGGAAAGGAAAGGGUGAAACGUCGGGAGAGUUUGAUUUAGUGCACAACACGGAUAAAGCCAUUCUCUCUGCCAUUAAAACUGAGGGUAUUUAAUUCAGUGAAAGGAGAUUUCAUUCCCCAUGACCUGUGCGAUUGUCUUUUGAAUCUGGGCACGGGCUGCAGUGACCUGCCACAACAUUUGAGGUGUCACCAGCUGCAUUGUGGGUGGUAAAGUGGGAAAGGCAGGAGGGAGCCUCAGCAUCUCCCAUCCCGUGGGUGACUUCAUCACAAAGGACCAGGGCGGCGCCCGCUGGCUCCUGGGGCGGCUGUUGCCGGGCAACAGAGACACUAUAUUGUCCCCUGUCACCUGUGCCCCUCGCCCAUUUGGUCACUGGCCGUGGUGGGAUCACUUGCCGUGGUGGGAUCACUGUGGUGGUGGACUCAUUUUGGCAGUUGGAUCGCUUUUGGUGGUGGGAUCACUACUGGUGGUUGCAUCACUUUUGGUGGUGGGAUCGCUAUUGGUGGUUGAACCACUUGUGGUGGUUGAACCGCUUUUGGUGAUUGAACCACUUCUGGUGGUGGGAUCGCUCUUGGUGGUUGAACCACUUCUAGUGGUUGAACCCCUUUUGGUGGUUGAACCAGUUCUGGUGGUUGAACCGCUUUUGGUGGUUCGAUCACUUUCGACACUUGGAUCUGUUUGGUGACUGGAUCACUUUCAUCACUCGGAUUGCCUUUGGAGGACCUGGGCUUUCUGGGCCCUGCUGGUGGCUGAAGCGAUGGCCGCCAAAGAUGAAGAGGACCUGCCGGCCUAUUUCCUCAAGCAGUACAGGCAGAACCUCCUGCCCUUGCUCAGGAAACACAGGCUGACAGAGGAGGGCUCCCUGUCUCCAUUUGUUCGCCUCCAGGAGAAGAGGAAAGAAGCCAAGCAGGUGCAAAAGGCUCUGGAGGAGAAGCGAGAGGCCUUCAAGGAGACGAUGGCCGACAUAGCCCGCCGGUGGAGGGAACUCCAUGCCAAGGAGGACCAGCUGAAAACCUACAUGGAGAAAUCUAUGAGGAGGUUAAAGGAAGAUGAUAAGCUGCGAGUCCAAGCUCUGAAGAAAGCCAUGAGAGAAAGAGAGCAGAAAACACAAAAGGAGAUGGAGCUUGUGAGGGCUAAGAAGAAACUCGGAGCCCUGAAAAAGGAACACCAGAAGCUGAGCAAGCAAGUGCAGAAGUACUCCAUCUUCAAAGAAUACCUGGAGGACGUGGUGAAGAUCUCACCACAGUUUGAGGACAUCCAGGACGUCAUUUCCCGCUACAAGCUGCUGGUGAGGACGCGCAAGGACCUGCAGCAGUCACAAGAGAAGGACAAGGAAAUGAUUAAGCAAACCAAGGUGCUCCUGGACCGGUACGAGGCAGAGAAAGAAGCUGAGACCCUGCAGUACCAAAAUGAGCUGGAGCAGCUCCAACAACGUUUUGCGCAGGCUCAAAGUGAUGUCCGCUCCUGGACUGCUCGCUGGGCCGACAUCCAGAACAGGAAUGUCAAGAAUGGCCUCAUGCUGACGACUAUGAAGAUGGCCAUCCACAACCUCUUCCAGUGCGUGAACACGCAGCUGAAAGCAAAAGUGCAUGUGCCGAAGGAUGACAGCCUCAGACAGCUGGACAUGGUAGAGCCAAGCCAGACCCCCUCCCUGCCCAGAAAGAGGAGCAGUAAUGACCCUCAGCUGCCCAAAGGGAGGGGAAAGCCCAGAGAAAUCAAGAUUCAGCAGUCUAUCCUAGACCUCAAUGACAUCGUUACGGAGGUGAAACGAAGGACAUGGAGAGCCACCGGCGAGCAGCUAAGCACGAGCAUUAAGGGCAAGAGGAGGACAGAGAGCCCUAGGGAUGUUGUGUUACGUCCGUGAAGGUUCCAAACCUUCCUAGCUCUUUUGUCCUGCCCAGUUGCUGAGUCCCUUUCAUACUAUUAAAAUAACCAAAGAUUUUGAA